AUGGAACAUCAAUCCAAUCCAUGGCAUCAGAGCUCAGCCAAUAAUCCCAGCCAGCUCAACCUAGAGCUCGGACUUGAGCCAUGUUCAUCAUCCUCGUCGUCAUCACCAGCACUCCAUACUCUUAAAGUUCCUGCAAAAGACAACAAGCUUUACUCAUGCGACUUCUGCCAAAAGAAGUUUUAUAGCUCGCAAGCACUCGGGGGUCACCAGAACGCGCACAAGCUGGAGCGAACCCUAGCCAAGAAGAGCAGGGACUUGUGCUCUGCCGUGAAACCUCAUGCAGCGACCUCGAGUGGUCAUCAUGUACGGCCAUCUCUUCAAUCUAUGAUUUUUGAGAAUCAGCCACGCGCGGCCAGGCUUGUUGGGGAUCAUAUGAGGUAUGCUGGGACAAAUCUAAAGUAUGGUUCAUCUUCGUCUCAAGGAUACAUCGAUGUACCUGAUGACGAGGGUGAUCUCCAGGAGGAUUUUAGCCAGCUCGAUUUGUCAUUAAGGCUUUGA